AUGGCCGUCAUUCCGUGUGACCCAACGUCAAGCUUUUUUGGCUUCAUGGGGGUAACCAGUGCGAUCGUCUUCGCAAACCUCGGUAUACGAAAACCGAUUUUAUUUUGUUCAGUCGAUCGUGUCAUGCUGCCUUCGAAGUAAGCGCGUAAAAAAUGAAAUUUCGCAUGCGAAGAAUCAAAAGUGCCAAGUCGUGUGGAAAAUUGAAAUGUAAACGUCACCCUCCAUAUCCAGGUGCCGCAUAUGGAACAGCAAAGUCGGGUGUUGGUAUCAUGUCCAUGGGUGUCCUGCUACGGCGAUGAAUCUAAAAACGACUCUUUCGUCAUGCGGAGUAGUACUAGAAAUGGCGGUUUAUUUAGAGAUUGUCUUUAGAUGCACAGCGUUUGGCGAAUCGCACUCGCGUGAACAAAAUUCGAGAAAGCGUUUUUUUUAUCGCAUUUAGAAAGCGCACUAGCACAGUCAUGCGGUGUAUCAUCGUCAUUUGGAGAAACAUCAAGAACGAACAGAAAAAAAAGUCGAUUUAGAUUUUUUAAUUUUCAUACCGGCGACCAGAGCUGAUGAUGAAGUCCAUCAUUCCAGUAGUCAUGGCGGGUGUGCUCGGUACUGAUUCUUUUUUGGAAAGUGAGAACCGUAUGACUGAUCGAAUCACGCACGGAUCGAGAUGUGGAAUACAUAGACGUGCAGCAGAGAUUUAUUUGCUUACGUUGAUCGUGCAACGCAAUGUCAGACCCAAAUCUAAAAACCAGGUAUCUACGGUCUGAUCACAUCUGUUAUCAUCAACGAAAAAUUGAAUGAGCCGGCCAAGUACUCCGCAUAUCAAGGGUAUAGGGAUUUUAGCAUGAGAAAAUAGGUUCCUUUAGGGAUUUUACCAGCUGAAAUAGACCCUCAAGGUGGAUUUCGUGCGGCAACAUACGCCAGCACGACAGCGAAUGCGAUCUUUUUUUACGUUUGCAAUAGUGCAACAAAAAUUUUAAUUUUUGGAAUUUAAAUACUAACCAAAGGUUCGCCCACCUCGGAGCUGGACUGACCGUCGGCAUGAGCUCAUUGGCUGCAGGUCUCGCCAUUGGUAUCGUCGGUGACGCCGGUGUCAGGGCAAACGCACAGCAGGUACUCACUUCUCUAAGACAAUGGUGAUUAUUAUUUAGUACUGCAUAGUCGAAUCUAGGAGAUGCAUAACUGCUUUCUUGAAGGGUCGCAUCCUAGGCCAGUAGUUCCUUGAACGAUUGCGAAUAUACCGAAGAAGAACGACACACAUCAAAGACCGCCUAAACCACAGACACGACUGUUCGUCGGCAUGAUCCUGAUCUUGAUCUUCGCCGAGGCUCUGGGUCUGUACGGGUUGAUCAUCGGAUUGGUGGUGGCCUCCGGCGCCGGCAACGCCAGCGGUCUGUGCACUCCCUACAGCGGUUAAGUGUUUGAGGCUGAAGUUGUUGUAGAGAAUGACCUCUGGUGUUAUGACCUUGUGAAGAUUUUUUUAGGAUUCACCUACAUUUUCAACUUCUACGUAUUUGUUGUCCAGUAUUUGCCUAGCUUUGCGGACCAAUUUGGUUUCGGGGAGCCGUGGCAGAGGAUUCACAAUUUUUUUAGGAGCCUAAUCCUUAUUCGAGAACAAAUUCUUCUACGUUCAUACAUUCUUCUUUGUGCUAUUUGAUUUCUCCGAUUACAGCCUAGUACAGUCAUUUUCGUACGUAAAAAGUAAAACUCUUUCACAAACAAACUUCGUUUGCCGAUUGAAUUAGAAUUUUAGCAUUUAGAUCGCAGCAGCGCUCCUUGCACACCCGCAACAUGCGGCGAGUCCUCGGCUCAGCCGCAUAUUUUAAGAAGUUGCGUAUGCGACUUGCUAAAAUUUUUUGUAACGUUAACUCGACACACAGGCAGAGAGACCUUCUGACUCAAGCGCGGAAAAAAGUUGGAAAGGAGGUCGUGAUAAUGAACAAUCGGUCGUAAAAAUCUGGUGUGAUGAUUUUUGUUUGGGAAAGAGGAACGAGUACAAAAAGUGCUACGCCGAUUUUUACCGGAUUUGAGUAGAGUCGUCUUGUGUUGUAAACCUAAGGAGUUUAUGCCGGGCGACAAGGGCUACUCUUGUUCUUAAGAAAAAAACUUGUGAAGCUUUGAAAAAAGUACUGGUGUCAUUUCAAAUUUUGGGCGCUGCCUUGUUUUUGCGCAGUGUCUGUGGAAACCGA